UUUCGUUCCAUCCCGCUUUUGCAGCUUUUAUUCCCGUUAUAGCGCUGGUACCUCCGUUCAGCGUUUUCUGCAGUCUACGUUUAUUUUUUGACAGCUUCCUCCCACCAGCAGGAGCCCAAGCGCCAAAUGAUCCAGCGACCGUGUUCAGCGCUGUCCUAGCCUGCGGCACCCUUGACGCAAGCGGAGGUGUCAAAAAGAACGCGCCGCCGCUACACCAACCAACCCAAUCGAAGCCAGCGCUUCAAAAAGACACUGCUUCAUAGAGCCGUGUGUGACACCGGCUUAAAACUGACCUGAUGAGGUGCUGAGUUCCGUUUGAACCAACCUACUCGACUUCCGGGGUCAGCAGGCUGGGCAUUGCUUCGGAAUCCGUAUUCAGGAUGCCGAACGACGCACACUCCAGACGCCAACGCCGGGCGACCAGAGCCCGCGGUGGAAACCACAGCUUCGAACCCCGUGGUGGCCUCACUCCCCGCGGCAACCAAACUCCUCGCGGUGGUCACACUCUCCGCGGCGGCUUCAAGAACCGCGGUGGCAUCGGCCCCUGCGGCGGCUUCGGCCCUCGCGGUGGCUUCGGCCCUCGCGGCGGCUUCGGCCCUCGCGGCGACUUUGGCCCUCGCGGCGGCUUCGGCUGUCGCGGCGGCUUUGGGCCUCGCGGCGGCUUCAACCCUCGUGGCUGCUUCAACCCCCGUGGCGGCUACGAUCCCGGCUUUUUCCCACGCGGAAAUUUCAUGGGGCCACGGGGCGGGGCCAACCGCGGUUUUGUGCCCCGUGGCGCCGGCGGCGGCGCCGUCAAGAAGCUGCAAACCGUGAAGAAGCAUUCGGUGGCCACGUGGACCGUGCAUUUGGGCGAGACAGCCUAUUCGUACGUGUCGCGCCUGCGCUGGCGCAUGCAGGGUCGCCCGACACGGGACAUGGCGCCGGAGAGAGUCGUGGAGCCGUUCAAGGGCCGCACUCUUACGGACCGCCUCCCGAGCGAGCCGGAGCCAGUCUGCUCGGAAGAGGAGGAGGAGGGCGGGCAGCUGUGUCCGUUGUGCGGGACCUUGGUGGUCCACUGGGACACGCACAUGGCAGGAAAGCUCCAUGAGGAGAGACUGAAGGCGCUCAAGUUGAUGCCCACGGAGCCGACGCAGAUGGACGUCAUGGCCGCACUGCGCGUGCUCCAGGCGACGCGGCCGGAAAUUAUUGCUGCGUCGCUGGCGGCGGCGCCGCAUGCCACCCAGCUGGCGGUAGGACGGGACUUAGCGGCGGGGCCUUCUCGCGACAGUUACGGGUCUCCCGGUGACUACGAGCUGUCACGUGGGGGGUGCGAGUCAUCCCCCGAAUGCUCCGAAGGGCCUCGCGACAACCUCGAGGGGUCUCAGUACGCCCACGGCCCGACUUACGACGACUUCGGGUCUUCUGAUGACGAGGACCUGGACGGGGUUCCUGCUGAUCGCCUGGACGACCUGGAUCCGCUUCCCAUGCGAGGACGCUCUCCAGACGACGACCUCUACAUGCCACCGGCCAAGUUCCCGCGAGGUAUGCCACCUGAUCAAGGGGAUCCACCUUCAUUUGGCUGGAACUGAUCGACCCAUCAUCAAAGUCGCUGCCAUUAUUGCAUUCAUCUCUGUACCGUUUACUUCUCUCACCAAAACAUUGACAUUAAAGUUAUCUCCACAACAUUGUAAAA